CAUGUCGCCGAAGCACGGUGGCCUUGGUCAUCGAUGAGCACCAAGCCACACACGUCGUCCAACGUCCCCGACGACCUCGUGGUGAUGACUGACAAGUGGCAAGGCAUGCGCUACCAUGGCGCAUAUCGUGUUAGUGCAGUACUGCUCUUGCAGCUAUUCGCAAGAGGGAAAAGGUCGGGCCGCGCGAGCGCAAUCUCUCAGGUAGGUGGAAAAGGCAUAUAGGGGUGGACAAAGGAAGCCCUGAUCCAGAUUCGUAUUUCCGAAAGCCACGAGUGACUCAGAAGCAAAUCUUGUCGAGUGCAGACGUAUUUGUCUUUUGAUCUGCAACCACGACUCUCGUCGACACCGCCCCUCAUUCUCGCGCUGAAAAUUUUCAUCGUGCCCUCCAAAGCCGAUAUGUACGGUAAUCCUGAGCCCGACUUUACCGUUCCUUUCAAGAGCGUGACCAUCGAAGGCGGCGCGACAUUGGACAUCGAGGUCGAUGUCUACCUGCCAGCGUCAACAGGAGAUAGCGCAAGCCUGAGCAAUGCUGUACUGUACAUUCAUGGUGGAGCCAUGGUCGCCAUGGACAAGACCGACAUACCCAUCUUCUUGCCUCGAUACGCCAAAUCCAACCAUCUAGUACUCAUAUCUACCAAUUACAGAUUAGCACCGCAAGGCAAAGUGCAAGAGGCGGCUAGCGACUGUAUCGAUGCUGCCAAGUGGUGCGAGAGCGAUCUGCAAAAAGCCAUGGAUGAGCAUGCUUCAACGUCGACGAGCAGCGCAUACAGACCGCAAUGGAGCGGAAAGCUGGCCAUUAUGGGCGGAUCUGCCGGUGGCUGGCUCACCUUGCUCGUCGCUGCCGCCGGCGUGCCGUCGAUAAAAGCUGCGGCUGCAAUUUAUCCCAUGACCAAUCUCAGCGAUCCUCACUUUGAGAAUCCUAUGGAUGUACCAGCUUACGAUCGCGAGACUGUAGCCGAGUAUAUUGACGGACCCAUUGUUGCUGGAGCCGAGCCCGAUUUGGAUUACGAGACGGGAGCUCUAAAGGGAAGGCAUCGAGCUGCUUACUACAUGGCCAGCCAAGGGCUCUGGCGCAAUUGGCUGCUUGGCGAGGAUCACUCUGCGGCUACGCUUGAAGCAUACGAUGCCAGACGACUGGUGCACAAUCGUUGGCCGCCGACCUUUUUGCUGCACGGCGCCGGCGACACUACUAUCCCACCUACAAAUAGCCAGGACAUGGCCGAAUCUCUUAAGAAAUCCAAGGUCGAACACGUGCUUCGUCUCGUACCCGAGAAACCGCACUUCUUCGAUAUGCUUGCGCCUCAAGAGGCCGAGGAGGAACUGGGGAUCACGGACAUGUUGACCUUCUUGGUUGAGCAGAUGGAGCAGUAGCAGGCACGCUGCAAGGGACGAGAAAUCGAAGCGGCCAGAUUGAUCAUUGCGGAGCGACAAGUCACGCGAGCAUACACACACGAUAGAUGCGAAUUCAUUCAACCAACAUUCUAGAAAGACUUCGCGCAUGCAUUUCCCUGGGUUUCUUGGGUGCAGGUUGUGGUGGAAAUGUGUGGUGGUGCCAGCCGCUCCUAGCACACCCGCCGCUGGGAUGAUGUCCUCGCCGCGCGCACCCAGACAGCAGACUCAGAACAGUCGCGAGUCUAGUCUGAAGUCACGUACAG